UUGCCCCCAGUAGGCACUGACAUUCAGCGAAAUAGUGGUGUGGUUAUGUUUGAAACUGGCAAAGUUUUCUUUUCCUCAUUAAAAGUUUCCUUGAAGAUUAAAAAGCAAUUGAGCAGAGAUAACAUCAGUGUGAAUUUUGUGUGCAAUUAACGUGUGUGUCAUUUAUGUAUUGAGUAGUUAAGUUUUCUUCGCAGGAGAAAGAAUAUCGCAAACGAGAUAUCGGCGUUAUCUACAGUUUAAAUAAAGGGUUAAGUCGACGAUUGGCAUCUGUCAGCGUGAGCUAUGAUGAAUUACUGGGUAAUACUACCGAGCGAGAGCUAAGUCUUCAUGAACUGUGAUAGUACACAUAUCGUAAAUCUUAAUUAUGGCGGAAGCGACGUUUGUUAUUCUAACGGCAAUGUUGCUGGCGACGAUUGCAGACGGUCGUACAUUUUUUGUGGAAAAGAUGAAUAUGAAAGAUACUUAUGAUUCUGUCAACGUGAAAAAACCAUUUUCAACAAGACACACUGGUGUGUCAGUGCUUGUUUCAAAAGUGCCUGCAUCUUCGGUUAAGAUGCCAUUAGCAAGUGAGCCAUGGGAAGGAUGGACGGCUUUGGAUACGAUUUUUAACAUCUCGGCUGAUCUGCAGCAUCCUGUCAGUAUCACAGGGCCAAAGUUUGUGGGCAUAACUCUAGAUCUCAGUUUCAUGCGCAGAGAAUGGAAGCAGUUUGAUAUUACAUCAAAGUCUCUGCACUCCCUGGCUACAGCACUAGCACCAGUAUUUUCCGUGUUGGUGGUACAGCUGCAGAUUUUCUUAUCUUCAAUUCAACAGCAACCGAUUCAGAUGCUGAUGCUGGUGGUAAUACAAACAGAAGUGAUGAUGAAGUCCUGGAUUAUUCUGUUAAAGUCAAGAACUUUACAAUCAAUGGCACUGAUUGGACACGACUUAAUGAGCUAGUAAACCUUGCCAAAUGGGAUCUCAUUUUUGACUUCAAUGAAUUUUUGAGACAAGGUGAUUCUUGGUAUCCAGACAAUGCUCGUGAACUUCUGAAGUUUUCACAAGAACAGGGCUACAGAAUCCCAUGCUUCCAGCUUGGAAAUGAGCCAAAUGCCUACUAUUUAGUUGCUCAUCGCAACAUAAGUGCAGCUCAGUUGGUAAAGGAUAUGCAAACAUUGAAGUCAUUGCUGUCAGAGUUUCCACUCUAUCAAACUCCUGCAUUGUUGGUCCUGAUGUCACUAAAGUAACAAAGAACUCUGCAGCAAACUACUUAAAAGAAUUUCUUAUGUCAGGAGGACAGAACAUUGUCUCUGCUGUAACUCUUCAUCAUUACUACUUCAGUGAUGAGGAUAGGAGAGCCAGUAUUCAUGAUUUCGUGAAUGCUUCUGUACUGGAUAGUCUGAAAGAUGAGCUGUACAAAGGAACCUUGAUUGCACAUACUUAUGCGCCAUCACUUCCUGUCUGGCUGUCUGAGACUUCUUCAGUGACAGGCAAUGCACUGCCAGGAGUGACAGAUGGCUUUGUUGCAGGUUUCAUGUGGCUGGACAAGUUAGGUUUGUGUGCCCUUUAUGGCCUUCAGGCAGUUGUUCGUCAGACAUUCUACCAUGGCACCUACCCCCUUGUUGCAGAUGACUAUACUCCUAAUCCUGAUUACUAUCUGACUCUACUGUUCAAGCAGCUAGUCCAGGGACCAGUUUUUAAAGUUACUGGUGCAUCUGAAAAUGUUCGUGUCUAUAUGCAGUGUGCAAACAGGGAAAGUUAUCCAGCUGGGUCUUUAGUGGUUUAUGCACUCAACGUCCAGAAGAAGGCAGCAGUCCUUAACCUGACUCAGUUUGCAGAGAAAUCACUUGACGUGUUCCUUCUGACUCCAGGAGAUGAGCAAGGGCUUAAGUCAAAGUAUGUUGCAUUAAAUGGAAAGAAACUUGAGAUGGUUGACGAAGAAUUGCCUCCCUUACUACCUCAGACGCACUCUGGGCCAGUAACCAUGGCCCCCUAUUCCUUUGCUUAUAUAGUCAUUCCUGAUGCAAAUGUAAAAUCGUGUUACUAAAGGUAUUUGUCUCCUGUAUAGUAUGCAUGUAGAUACAUUUUGAUUAUACUCAUGUAUUUGUAAACCUCUUCCGAAUACAGUUUGUGCAACACGUAGUUCAUCACAUGGGUAAAUGGUUUGUUUGACCAGCUUUUAAUAGUUGAAAAAUGAGCAGCCAUUUGUCUACAGCAGCAAGCACUUCGUUUGGCAGGCCUCCCCUCUCCCACCUGCACGAUUAAAUACUCGCUCGUUGUACUGAGGUUGCAUCUAAACUGGUGUGUAGUUAGGUGACAGUCAUGGCUUAGGAUGACUUGUAAUUUAGUGUAUGCAUUUUUAUUUCAUCAGCAACCUGGUGUAGAUUGCAUUGGUAAGUAAAUGUGGAGGAAGCAGGAGGAUAAGCUGGAUGCACUAAUGGGCUAUAACACUUAGAAUGUGUGUAUGAGGGAGAAUUGUUUACUAGACUUUCAGAGAACUUCAGAUAUACCUGUGCUGAUGCCAAAACUGCUAAUUGAUAAAAAAAACCUUAAGCUUUAAUUUCUUUUUUUGGGCAGAAGUCUUGUGAAAAUAGAAUUUGUGAAAGUCUCACUCCAUUUAUUCUUCUAUUUUGCUGUCAAUUUGAAUAUACCAUGGUGCUUUUAUAUUCCAAAUUGUGUUAUAUGCAAGACAUGGAAGUGCAAUACAUAUUUAUUUUUUGCAAAAAUGUCUGUAGAACCUGUUUUCAGUAUUAUUGUAUCAGUUUAGUUUCAGUCAUUUUAGCCUUUAUUUUAAAUACAUUUGAAGAAUUGCUAGAUUCAUAUAAAAAAUAUAGUUAUAGAAUAAAAGCUUUUUAUAUGGAAUCUUCUUGUGUUUUUUAAUUUGACUUGAGAGGUAUGGAUCUUUGUAGAUCAUAUAAACUUAUGUGAUCAAGUAUUUUAAGAAGUGAUGAGU